UUGUACUUGCGAGGAUGGUGCUGCCGUCGCUGUGGUGGGUGUAAAAGUGAGCUCCGAUUGGGUUGGCAAUGGGGUUUAUAUGGCGGCGGGAGUAUGGGUUUUGUUCAGUGGGAAAGCUACGAAAAAUCCACACGAACAUAUUCAAGCUUUUACCAUGCUUUGUGAUGUCAUUAGCCAUGAGGGGAUGUCACAAGAUGCAUUUCGAAUGCGUUUAUUUCCUCACACUUUGAAGGAGGGUGCGAAAAUAUGGAUGAUGUCACAACCCUCUAGGAGCAUCGUAUCGUGGAAUGACAUGAAGGAUCGUGAGACAUAUCCGGAAGCAUGGGAGAGGUUCAAAAGUGCGUUUAGGAAAUGUCCAAAUCUUGAUGUUCCUAAACUGUCACAAAUAUAUCUAUUCUAUAAUGGACUGCGCACUGAAUUUCGUAAUAUAGUUGAUGCUUCUGCGGGUGGAUCAAUUUUGACUAUCGAGGUGGAUGAUGCACAUAAUUUAUUUGAGAGGAUUGCUGAGAAUCAGGCCAACUGGCUAACAGAUAGGGAAGCUCCGAGAAAAGCAGCUGGAUUGCAUAGUGUGGACGCAGUGACAGCAUUGGCAGCGCAGAUGGAAGCAAUAACAAAGAAGGUUGAUACUUUAACUCAAUCUGUGCACAUGGUACAACAUCCAGCUUCGGUAUGCGCAGGUUGUGGGGCAGAUCACAUCACUUCAAGCUACCCUUUGACUUCUACUCACAUGGGUCAAUCAGCAGAGGUCAAUUAUGCGCAGAACUAUCAGAGGCAAAAUGGAUCUUACCUAUACAACUACCAUCUAGGUUUGAACAAGCAUCCCAACUAUUCGUGGGUGGAUAAUCCAAAUCAAGUAAAUCAGAUAAAGGCCAAUCCACCAGUAAUUCAGCAACAGCAAGGUAAGAGGCAAUCCUUAGAAGAUCUACUGGUCACGUACAUCACCAAGACUGAAACAGUAAUGCAGAAUCAACAGGCUUCCAUACAUAACCUAGAAAAUCAGGUAUUAGCAACUGAGGCGGUAAAUUAUGCAACUAUUGAGCUCCCAUCUACCACCCCUGUCAAAACUUAUGUGCCACCCAUUCCAUUUCCUCAAAAACUUCAACGCCAGCCAACAGCAGAGCAGGUUCAGGCCAUCACUACUAAGAGUGGUGUUCAAUUGCCACAAAUCACUGUAAAGAGGAAGGAGACAGAGAGAACUCAAAUUCCUACUAAGGAUAAGGAACCGAUGGAGCAAUCUGAAGAAGCAAUAGAAGAGGACCAACAGUCAGUUUCAGAUAGUCCACAGCUUAAAACAAAUAUUCUUGGCACUUCACUAACACCUCUGGUCCCUUUUCCUCAAACGUUACAGAAGACUAAAUUAGAGAAGUAA